AUGUCUGAAUCCGUCGGGCCCUACGAGGCCAAAGACAGCCAUUCGGUGUCUGGGCCUGAAAAGGGCUUCAACAAUGUCGUUGCUGGCGAAGGCGACGUUAUCACCGUCAAGAAUGCAGAACGCCCUGACCUCAUGACCCGUAUGGGUCUAACGAAAGAGUCUUUCGAGCGCAGAACGCUGGCCGACAAGCACAAUCAGCUGAACAAGACCCUCAAGACGCGCCAUCUGAACAUGAUUGCCAUUGGAGGUUCCAUUGGCGCUGGUCUCUUCGUGGGCUCAGGCAGUGCACUCUCGACUGGCGGGCCUGGCGCGCUUCUUCUCGACUUCGGAAUCGUCGGUGUGAUGAUCUUUAUGGUGGUCUAUGCACUCGGCGAGCUCGCGAUCCAAUAUCCAGUCUCCGGCGGCUUCUACACCUACUCUGUCCGGUUCAUCGAUCCUUCAUGGGGCUUCGCCAUGGGUUACAACUACGUCUUCCAAUGGGCCAUCGUCGUGCCUUUGGAACUCACCGUUGCCGGCUUCACCGUGGGGUAUUGGCAGGUCGACGUUUCUGUUGGGGUUUGGAUCACGAUCUUUUUCCUCGCCAUCGUCUUUAUUAACAUCUUCGGCGUGCUGGGAUACGCCGAAGAAGAAUUCUGGGUUUCUGCCCUCAAGCUCAUUACCAUUGUCAUCUUCCUGAUAAUGGGAGUGAUCUUUGUCUGCGGUGGAGGCCCAUCCAAUGGUGAUUACAGCGAAUACUGGGGUGCGAGACUUUGGUACGACCCUGGCGCCCUGGCUCAAGGAUUCUACGGCAUCUGCGCUGUCUUCGUGACGGCUGCUUUCUCCUUCUCUGGAACCGAGCUUGUUGGUCUAGCAGCCGCAGAGUCUGAAACUCCUCAGGCAUCACUUCCCAGCGCCAUCAAGCAGGUCUUCUGGCGUAUCACGCUGUUCUACAUUUUGGCUUUGCUUUUUGUCGGGCUCCUCGUACCUUACACCGACGACCGCCUCCUUGGCGCCGGCUACAUUGACGUGACGGCCAGCCCCUUCGUCAUUGUGGCCGAGAAAGCUGGCAUCCCGGCCUUUGGAUCUUUUGUCAACGUCGUCAUCCUCUGCUCCGUCCUCUCCAUCGGCAUGUCCGGGGUCUAUGGUGGCUCGCGGACACUCACCGCUCUGGCCGAGCAGGGCUACGCACCAAAGAUCUUCGGAUACAUCGACCGCGCUGGUCGCCCUCUCGUCAGUGUCUCGCUCAUCCUUGCUUUCGGACCAAUCGCAUAUAUUGGUCUGGCCAGCUCGGGAGCGGUCGUCUUUGACUGGCUGCUGGCGUUGUCCGGUCUCGCGGCGCUCUUCACCUGGGGAUCCAUCUGCCUUGCGCACAUCCGCUUCCGCGCGGCGUGGAAGUACCACGGUCACAGCCUGGACGAACUUACGUGGAAGUCCCCGUUCGGUGUAUGGGGCUCGUGGCUUGGUUUGUUAAUCAUUUUCCUCGUGCUCGCCGCCCAGUUCUACACCGCCGUCAAGCCUAUGGAGGCAGAGGCCUUCUUCAAGUCCUACCUUGCGCUUUUCGUCGUGCUGCUCUUCUACGCCAUCGGCUACGCAUGGAAACGCGAAGGCUGGCGCAAACUCAGCGAGAUCGAUGUCGACUCCGGCCGACGUGUGCUCAACUUUGAAGAGUACGAGAAGCUCAAGGCGAGGAAGGCUGGGUGGCCUAUGUGGAAGAGAGUGCUCGAUUACUUGUUCUAA